UCCCUUCCUCUGCCAUCGUGGUGUGUGAGGUUGACUCUGUUUCUCACCAUGUGUUCCCAAAAGACUUUCAGAUUCAGGCGAUUUCUGGCCAAGAAACAAAAGCAAAAUCCUCCCAUUCCCCAGUGGAUUUGGAUGAAAACUGGUAAUAAAAUCAGGUACAACUCCAAGAGGAGACAUUGAAGAAGAACCAAGCUGGGUCUAUAAGGAAUUGCCCAUGAGAUGAUGGCACACGUAUUUAUGCUGCAUCAAGGUCACUGUCGUCUUACCAUAUCAAGCUGAACACGUCACU